UGAACGGGGAGCGGAGAGUCUCUGCUGCUCAUGCGCACAACGCCCUCCCCGGCUCAAAAAACCUACCCGAGCGUCACGGACCGGUGCAGCAGCGGCGGCGGCGGUGGCACUGUUCCCAUCACGAAGACCAGAGACCGGGGCGGACUGCUGCACUGCCUGCCUGCACUAGAAGCGACUCCGCAGACCUCUCCAUCAGCCACCCUCUCCGCUUUACGCACCGGGAACGAGUGGGACUAUAUUACCGCUUCUCUGACCGUGAAGGCAACCCCCCCGCACCCCCAAAAUGUCCGUGGGCAGCGACUUUGGAAACCCUCUAAGAAAAUUCAAACUCGUCUUUCUGGGAGAGCAAAGUGUUGGGAAGACGUCUCUCAUCACGCGGUUCAUGUACGACAGCUUUGACAACACAUAUCAGGCGACCAUCGGCAUUGACUUCCUGUCCAAAACCAUGUACCUGGAGGACCGGACGGUGAGGCUGCAGCUCUGGGACACAGCGGGACAGGAGCGUUUCAGGAGCCUCAUUCCCAGUUACAUCCGUGACUCCACUGUGGCCGUGGUGGUCUAUGACAUAACAAAUGUGAACUCAUUCCAGCAGACGACCAAAUGGAUCGAUGAUGUGAGAACAGAGAGGGGAAGUGAUGUCAUCAUUAUGCUUGUGGGCAAUAAAACAGAUCUGGCGGAUAAGAGACAAAUAACGAUUGAAGAAGGAGAGCAGAGAGCUAAAGAGCUGAGCGUCAUGUUCAUAGAGACCAGCGCCAAAACAGGCUACAAUGUCAAACAGUUGUUUCGACGUGUGGCGGCGGCUCUUCCCGGCAUGGAGAGUAUGCAGGAAACGAGCAAAGAAGGAAUGAUCGACAUCAAACUGGACAAACCACAGGAGCCACAGACGACCGAAGGGGGCUGUUCCUGUUAAUACUCACCAUCACGUUACCCUGUCACCACACGCUUGUAAUCUCGCUUCUUUUGGUUUUCCUGAUUUUGCACGUCUUAAUCUGGCCUCUUUAACAAGACUUUUAGCUGAAGUUUAAACUAGCAAUAUAUGAAUUUGGUUAUAAAGCAGCAAGACAUCAGACAAUUUACAAACAAAUAAUGACCAUUCCAAAAUUGCUCAAAUUAUCAGUGUUUGUAAAGUAUGUUAGAGCAGUUUUCGUUUUGUAUUUUUGUAUAAUCAGGGAAUCCCUCUGUAAAAAAAAUGUUUAUUUAAAAUGCAAAACAGAGCUCUGUGUACGAGUUUCAAGAAUGUUUUUAGAGAUGUGUUGCUAUGUCAUGGGACAAAGGUAUUCGCAUAACAAUUCACUGUAGUGUAACGUGUGGACUCCAAAUUUAUCCUUCAAGUUUUGCUUUUUGGUGAGCUAGAGAGAAUCCCCAAAACUGCAGCUCAGGUAGUUGUACGUUUGGUUUUCCCCUGUACAAUAUUUGACAGAUCUUUGCUGUUCGUAACUAUAGAAUGAUCCAGUGGGACAACAGACUAUGUUGAGUAUCUAAUGCAUGCCUAGUCUUUGAGCUUAGGUACAGUGUGUCCGUUUACACCACUUUGAAUAUGUAAAUUUCACACCAGUGACUUACUGCACUCUUCGUUUCAACGAUUUGUACUUGACUUGAAAUCUCUUCCUGUUUGCGUAUACAUGUGCGUUCUAAAUCUCACACUCAUCUCCAGCUGUGUCCACACUAAUUCAUUUAAACAUAUUUGAUGCUGUAACUAAUGUCAUGUUGUAUUAGCUGUGCAGUAUUUCAUUUGAAUGUGUCAAAAAAAAAAAUCACCAAACUCCAUAUUGUAAACUAUUCACAGGAAACGUUUUGGGACCCUUAGAGAUGCCUGCAUGUCCUGCUGUACGACCGUGCAGUGGUUAUGUUCUUAUAUAAGUUUUGCCUUUUGCAGAAUGUGCCAGGGUUAAAGAUGCACUAUGUAACUUUUAUGGUGGGGGAUCUGUUACCUGCUUGUGUCAAGGAGAUAUUAUUUCUUUGCUCUGAAUGUCAUAAUAUAUCAUUUAAGAUGCCCAUUUUGCACAUAUUCAGUCACAAGUUGCCACAUACCUUAAAGGAUACGAUGUUCUCUCAUCUUUGUUAUGUUUGUGAGGAGGAUACAACAUUAUAUCUGGAGUUGUGUUUUAGUUCAUUCACACAAACCCUGCAUAUUUAGACUUGGUUCUUCACUCUAUUUCAGCUUGUGAUGUCAUGUGGUAAUGCAGAAAGUGCGCCACUGUGCUUUUAAACUCCAUACACCUUCACUAGAAUGAUAUAGAUGAUCUCAGCCCAGGAAUUGUUAAUCUCUUCUGAACAAAAGGUAAAAGUUGAACCUUGAAAACUACCAGUUCAUGACAUCACAAGGUGGAGCAGAGCAUUUUGAGCUUUGGAGAUGUAGACGGAGUAAUAAUAAAGCAUUACUCAGACGUGUGAAUGAAAUACAACUUCGGGUAUGUUUUUUAGGAGGUAACAACAUUAUAACAUGGCUUAAAGCUCACAGUCCAUUUUGCAUUAUAUAGUACCUUCCAAAAAUCAUGUAUUCUUUCUAUCUGUCUCUAUGAAGAUAGAAAAGCUGAAUAUCAUACUGCAGAGCGCAGCAUUUACAUGUCCAAGCAGAUGGCAAACCCUCUACCAGAAAAGUUACAAAGUGAACCUUUAAAAAUAGAACAUCAGAUUUUUUGUUUGUUUUCUUUGUUUACAUACAGUAGCUUGCCACUUUGUCAUUUUACACACAAUAGUUUUGUCAUUAUUUCUUGCAUUUUUGUGGCCAUGUUGGUUGUUGCCUUUUAUCACUCAGUGCUUUCUGAAUCCACCUCCACAGUCUUAUUUUGCACAUAGAACUUUUCCUGGGUCAUCAUUGUACAGACACAUUUUCAGAAAAUUGUAAAGUGUCCUGGUGUUUGCUGCUUGAGUUGGAACUACUGACUUUGCCAUGUGUUUUCUAGAGCUAACCUUCACUGAUGUGAGCCAGCGUUAAGAACAACACUACUUUGAUUUGAACUUCUUGCACUUUUUAUGAUGAUGUUUUAGAGUUAGUGACAAUGUAAAUCUUAAAAUAAAUAUGUAAAAUACU